AUGGCGGAUCUCGCCGUGAUGCCGCGCCCGACCACCGCACCACCACCACCGCCGCCAACCGACCUCUUCGGGGAGCCCAUCGAGGCGCACCCGCCGUGGUUCCACCCAUCCGCCUUCCUCCACACGGCGUUCGACCCGGACGCCUACGUCGCGGAGCUCCGCGCCUACGUGCCCCUCGAGAGCCUCGCCGCCGAGCUGCGCGCCCACCUGGCCGCCCUCCGCGCCGAGCUCGUCGGCCUCAUCAACCGCGACUACGCCGACUUCGUCGGCCUCAGCGCGCGCCUCAAGGGCGUCGACGCCGCGGCGGCCCGCAUGCGCGCCCCGCUCGCCGACCUCAGGGACAAGGUCGCCGCCUUCCGCGCCGCCGCCGCCGCGGCCCUCGCCGCGCUCCGCGCCGGGCUCGACCAGCGCGCCGCGGCUUCCAACGCGCGCGAGCUGCUCGAGCUGCUGCUCGACACCUCGCACGUCGUCUCCAAGGUUGAGAAACUUAUCAAGGAAUUGCCAACAGCACCAUCCGAUUCAUCAAAUGCUGAGGUUGGUUCAGCUGAUAAAAGCUACACCGGCAAUGAUACUAAUGUGGAGUCAGGGACUGAUGUCAGAGAAACACAAAGCAUCCUCCUAGAAAGAAUCGCCAGCGAGAUGAACCGGCUCAAAUUCUACAUCAGCCAUGCACAGAACCUUCCUUUUAUUGAGAACAUGGAGAAGAGGGUCCAAGGCGCUACAAAACUACUUGAUGGUAGCUUGGAGCGUUGCUUUGUGGUCGGUCUAGAACACCGGGAUGCAAAAGUAAUAUACAACUGCUUGCGCGCUUAUGCUGCGAUUGACAACACAUCUUCAGCUGAAGAGCUUUUCCGCACAACAGUGGUGUCUCCACUGAUUCAGAAAAUUGUCCCUCAAAACUAUGCAAAAGCUGUUUCUGGGGUAUCUACUGAUGACCUGGAGGAUGACUAUCUGCGGAUAAUGCAAUGUGUAGAAAAGGAUUGCAAAUUUAUUUUGGAAAUAUCUUCAUCAGCAAACUCUGGACUCCAUAUUUUUGAUUUUCUGGCCAAUUCAAUACUCAAAGAAGUCCAUUCUGCAAUCAUGAAGGGAAAACCUGGGGCCUGUUCUCCUGGAAAACCUAAAGAGUUCCUUAAAAACUACAAAGCGAGCUUAAGGUUUCUUGAUUUUCUUGAAGGCUACUGCCCUUCCAAGUCUGCUGUAACAAAGUUCCGCUCUGAGCCUGCUUACACAGAAUUCAUGCGACUGUGGCACGUUAAUGUCUACUUUUCUCUGAGAUUCCAGGAAAUUGCUGGUGGUCUUGAUUCUGCUCUUACAGCCACAAUUAGCCCUGUUGGAAUGAAUGAGAAUCAAAUGAAGCAGAAGACAUUGUUGUUGAAGCAAAGUAUUAAGCUCUUAGAAAGUUUGCACUCCUGCUGGAGUGACGAGGUUCUUGUUUUCUCUCACUCGGAUAAAUUCCUACGUUUGUCGCUGCAGCUUAUUUCAAGGUAUACAACAUGGCUUUCUUCUGGCCUGGCUGCACGUAAAGCUUCUGAUGGGAGCUCAAGUUCUCCUGCAGAUUCUGAGUGGGCACUCUCUGUACCUGUCGAGGAUUUUAUAUUUGUAAUGCAUGAUGUAAAUGGUGUAAUUGGCGAGCUUUCGGAAUCAGGCAACUUUGUGGAACAUGUAAAUCAAUUGCUAGCAUCAUGCCCCAUUGAAGUACUUACCCUUGUGAAACAAAGUAUAUUGCAAGCUGUUGAACCUUUAAAGGAGUUAUUGCCUGGCAUAAUGGAUGUCAUGAUUGGGGUCAUAGUUAAAAGGUCUAAUGAGGAUCUGAAACACCUCAAGGGAAUUACAGCCACAUAUAGAAUGACCAAUAAACUUCCUGUGAGGCAUUCUCCGUAUGUAUCUGGGAUUUUGCAUCCACUCAAGGUGUUUCUUGAAGGAGAGCGUGUGCACUAUUUAUCAGAAGAUGAUAAAACUAAAUUGCGAUGUGGAUCUACAGACAAGAUCACCGCGAUUUAUUAUGACAUGGUAUCUGAAGUAGUCAAUGUGGCAAGGAAAACUGAAUCUUCGUUGCAAAGACUGCGCCAAGGUGCACAAAGACGAGUAGGAGCUAGUACCGAUUCCUCAGAUAACAUCAUAUCCGACACCGACAAGAUCUGCAUGCAGCUAUUUCUUGAUAUCCAGGAAUACGCCCGGAAUCUUCGCUCGCUAGGAAUAGAUGCAAGAGGAAUUGAAUCCUACAAAGCUUUAUGGCAGUGCGUCGCCCCUAAAGACAAACAAGACACCAUCCAGUUUUGAUGUAAAGACAAUUGUCAGUACAUAGAGAUCUAUAGGUUCUUCAAAUUGCGUAGAUAUGUCUGGUGUUGUUUACUAGGUCGGAAGUAUGUACGAUUUAUACAAAGAGCACUGGAUUUUGAUCGCUGUCAUUAUUUGACUUACUAGACUGUCAGUACCAUAUGUUACAAGGAUACAAUCGCUGUCAUUGUUUGACUUGCUGGAUUUUGUGAACGUGUAUCAUCACCUUUUUCACACUGAA